AUGCCGCGGCCUAACACGUGCAAGAGGGUCCGUUCCUGCACUCGUCAGACGGGUGUGGUCGCUUUGUGUAUUAAGGCUUCAUCCGGGCAUCCAUCUCCUUCUCCAGAAGCGAGCAUCUUGGGAGAUGGAUUCCAGGAAGGUCUAAGUGUAGCAGUGGAACUACUACUUCGCUGGUUGGGCCAUGUGUGAUGGUGGGUGGCACGCGGCGCAAGAAGUCCACCAACCUGCGUAGAUCAGCCUCUUUAUGCCAGACUUCGUGGUGUGGCGAAGCGCUAUGAUGAACAAUGGUUUUUUUAAAUGAUGUUUUGUUCUCACAUUUGAGACAGUUGGUGGAGUCGGACUUGGAAAAAGAAAAACAAAAAAGUUACUUAAGCUGAUCAAACCUCGAACUCCAAGGACUUAUGCUGAAUAUCUCUCAUCGCCUCCUGGAAAUUAUGUUGUUAACCCCUCGUGGCAGCACUUACCGCUAAUAGCGAAAAAGGAGACCAGUCCUGCCACACCGGUAAAGCCAGUGGAGGUGCCGAGCAGUGUCAAUUCGGUAAAGACAGUGAAGGCGCCGAGCAGCGCCAAAGCGGCAGAGAAGCACACGAAGGCGGAUACAACCAGAACAAAACAACCAAAGGAGGACCCGGUAAAUUUUCAAAAAUCAAAGGAGGACCGGAAAUGAUUCUUAUUCACUAGUUGGUAUGCUGUCCUCUUAUUCUUUGUGAUAAGUGUUGUCUCCUCUUCUUUAGGUUGUUGUUGUAUUAAUGCUGUUGUCCAUGUUUGUUCCUCUUCGUUUCGACAACUUGACUUCACGCAAUAAAGCAGACAAAUAAUUUGUCUACUUUCGGAUUAUCCUCGUCUUUUUCCUCUUACUUUUCCUCUUGCCUAUUUUUCACUUUCAAGAACACUACGAUAACGACGGACACAGGCAGCGGAGAGCAACGGGGAUGCCUUACCGAAAAAGGAUGAAGCUCUAGAAAAGCUAUCCGUGGACAUGAAGAACAAGGCUCGCGAAAUGCAAAGCGAUGUGCCGGAUCUUGAGGCAAUUAAGCGGCAAACGAAGAAUAGCCGCAACUUUAUUAUGAAGACAGCUACAACAACAGGAAAUCCAUCUUCCCCAGCAUCUAUUUGGUCUUCCAAUUUUUCAACAGGGAAUAAACAGGGAGAACGAGCACUAAGACGGGCCUGAAGAUAAAACCUCUCGGAGCUCUUCUAAUAUUGCCUGGAUUAUCGAAUGCGGAAGGGCAAGUUUCGAGAAAGAUACAGCUAUACUCAAAGACCUCUCGAGCACAACGUCCAAUCGCAACGAGCUGGCCUCUGCGCGCAAAGACGCGAUCGAAAAGAUGAAGGAGCUCGGGGACGACUACAAAGACCAGCUCGAGCAUGUGAACGAGCAGGCGACCAGCGCGGGGAAGGCGAUCGAGGAGUUCGAUAAUCUAUACCUACAAGUAGUAGAGUUACGGCGCUGUAGGCCUUGUUAUAGUGUUGCCCCUUUGGUUGUACCUUUGUAAAUGGAGGACUGUGAAGAAGUAUUUACUAUAGAUUUGAAGCCUGGCCCAGAAGGUCCUCGUAUGAUAAUGCUCAUGUUGUCUUUAAGGCUUAUCAGAUAAUAUUAGAAAUGAGGCCAAAACGCAAGUCAACUCUAAGAGAAAAGAAGUUCGAUAAUCUUGCAUACCUAAAAGUAGUAUAUGCACCUAAAUAAAACAACCGGUUAGUUUUACCUCUGGCGUGUAGCCCCUCCAAGAAUAUAGGCAAAGUUACGGCGGCUUGUGGUGUUGCUUUGGUUGUGCCUUUCGCUUUAAAUCGACGUCGUUCAACGUAGUAGGACUCGUCACUUUCCUUCACGCUUCACUAAAGAUAAGUACUCGCUUGCCUCCUCCAGCUGCCACGAUUCCGAACUCGCUGGCACCAUGGCUAAUCGACUCCUCUCGUCGCGAGGUGUUAUAUAUGUUCCAGGGCUCAGGGCGGGGGGCUCCCCCUCCGAUCUAACUUUUUGAGGGGGGGCCUCCCCGCCCCGGCCCCUCUUUUCGAGAGGCUGCCGGGCGGGAAGGCCUCAAAGCGCUCACUUCUGACCCCUUCCCGCUUCUUGCAUGUACCCCACAGACCUGGCAAAGGCUGGGCCCUCUUGUCGUGUUGCGUGUGCCCGACAGAGCUGGCAGAGGAGGCAAGGCGGGGCCCACCCCCUUGGCGUAGGGUUGGGCACAUGCAACACGCCAAAGGGGUCCAGCCUUGCCACCUUUGCCAGGUCUGUCGGGUACAUGCAGCACGCCAAGGGGGUGGGCCCCGCCUUGCCUCGUCUGCCAGCUCUGUCGGGUACACGCGACACGACAAGAGGGCCCAGCCUUUGCCACCUUUGCCAGGUCUGUAGGGUACAUGCAAGGAGCGGGAAGGGGUCAGAAGUGGGCGCUUUGAGGCCUUUCCGCCUGGCAGCCCCUCGACAGACCUGGCCAAGAAGGUGGCAAGGCUGGACCCCUCUGGCGUGGUCCACCCCUGAUCCAUCCACAGGGGGGGGCCUCCCUCCCUGGUACAUAUAUACAUAGAUCCUCGCAACCAACUGGAUUUUCAUCCUUAUCCCUUCACUGCGUCGAUGUUAUUAGGUGUAAGCGAGCUCUCUAUAACACAAACACUGAUAAGUGAGAAGUUGUUCCGUAUUGUAGUAGAAUGAUUUAUAGAACGGAUUUAGGAUGGACUUGGAUGGAUUCGAUGGACCCCCCGAAGCCUUCCGACCCUCCUUGAAAUGCUGGGAAGUCCUUCCGAUCCAUCCGGUCCUGGAUCUGGCACCCCUAUAGAUUAUUCUACUAUAACUAUAGAGGUCGGCCCUUGCCUAGGUGGUCGUAUGAUAUACCCAUGAAGAGGCGGAUGCGUCCGAUCUUGUCCUAUAAUAAAAAUCACGCAAAAGCGUAAGCUUUGGCCACUGGCUUUUGCUAGCUCCAGAGUCUAGGAAUGCGCCGGAUUUGAAUGGCAGCGACUGUUCUCACUCGUCGCCAUGAUCGUGAUCCGUGCCGUUUUCUGUCUUGGUCUUUCACUGGUUCCGCGUAAGAUCGUUGCUUGAGCGCAAUGACUUCCAGAAAAAUGGCGACGCCUACUCUGUUCAAAAUUUUAGCUGUUUCUUUGCGGAGCCAUCAUUCACACCGCGAAGGCCUUGAUGAUAUGGAGCAGCUGACGACGCGGAAGCGAUGCGCAAUAGCUGCGCCCUGGCCUUGCGUUCAUGGCAUCCCAUGACAUUGGGCCCACGUUGCUGCCAUAAUUUUAGGGCCUUACACAGUCAGCGACCCCUCGGCGCUUCUGUUCUGGUCCUCUUUCUGUCUCAUUGCGUCAAUAUCAACCCCACUCGCCCACAAGAGCUUCGCAGUGCGUUCGGGUGUGUUCGGGUGUCUAUUCUGAAAGGUAGCGUUGGCGCUUUUCUAUUCUAAUGAAGAGCAGAGAAGAGAGAGUAGACCAUGUGCUAUACAUGGCGGUUGUGGACCUCGAGCACCUCGGCAGGUACAAGUCGAAUUUGGGCGGUCCUGUUGGGGAGCACUUUUUUAAUCUGAACGGAGAGGAAUUCCAGCCGCCGAUCGGCGCCAUUAGGGGCGCCAAGGGACUAUUAGAGUCCAGAGGGGACUUCGCGAAGGCGCUGAAGUCGGCUAUAGAAGCUUUGGGUGAUCCUGUCGAUCCCAAAAGUUAAGUCUUUCUACCACACUAAUAAAUAUGUACUAUACGAAUACGUAUAAUAGACGUCCAGACGAUUUUCCCCAUCUUCCAUCUCUACCCUUCUCUGUAUUGUCUUCUAGCACUCGUCUCAGUCCUGUAAUAAGGAUUCUUUUCAUCUCGUGCAAAAUAAGACUCUUGACUAUCUAAGGAUCAAAAGCUUAUUAUAAAGAGAGCCGCAUCGGCUUCAGCCUCUCUUUAUUAUAGGGAGAGCCGCAUGAAUAACAAUAACUAUAAUAGAUACUGCCGCAUCCUCGGCUUGACCUCAGAAGGUUAAUGUCACUGGCGUCUUGUCUAAUCACUGUUCAAGCUUCCAUAACUUAUCCUCUAACGCUGCGACACAGGCCGCAUCACGGCGCUGGAGAAGUGGGCCGCAACUUCUGUGCAGCACGAUGAGAAAGCGAAUAAGCUAGACAAGCUAGUGAAGGAGAUCACAGCGGAUUUUGACUUAAGGCUAGUUUUUCACUAUGGUCCCAUGUGAUGUGUGGACUAUGCUGAGGGGAGUCCCUGACCUAACAAGGCUGGUUUGAUUUCACUAUCGUCCCAUGUGUGUGGACUCUGGAUGCUGAGUCGACGUUGAGUCCUCCUCGAUUUAAAGUGGAGUCCCCCUCCUCCUGCAUUUCAAACUGUAUGCCAUGAAUGGCUUAACUACUACUACUACGUACUCCUGAUACUGAUAGUACUACUAAAAUAGCGGAGGAAUGCGGCAGCUUACUCAAGUAGCCUCCAUAGUGAAAAAUUGUAGCGCUAACUGACGCUGCCGAUACGAAAAUGGAAGAAGCAAACAAAUCUCUCUUCGACAAGUUCACUCGCGUUGCUUAUGAGGUGCAAUCAGUGAAAGACGCCCGUUAUGCUGUCUGGAAAGGUAAUAAUAUAGUGCAGAUAUCUGAUAUCACACUUCACUUUAGAUACUGACUGAACAUCUCCUGCAAACAACUCUACUUUGGAGAAAUCUCAACACAGCUGCUGCUACUGUGCUGUCCUUUGGCAUUGUCAUUCUGUGACUUCCAAAAACAACAGGAACUGCAUUUUGAUUUCCUUUUUUUCCUAGCUGUUCCUUUCCAUCCUUAUGCUUAUUCUUCUUUCUCCACUGCUUCACUUUCUCACUUAUAAACACUCACAGAGAUGAACGCCGCAAAAAAGAAGGAGCUGGUCGACGCAUUUCCGGAGGUUUUAAAGAAGGCUGACACGGUUAUGGCGGAAGUCGAGGCAGAAAAGCCGGGUGAUGAUGCACACGACGUCGAAGCCUUCAUGCGCAGAACGUGUACAGCGAUGAAGAAAUAUUAUGACGAGGAUCUGAAAAAACCGCUGGACAGUCCAGCAGAUGAACCUAAGUUGUAUAAGAACUAGGUCAGGCAAAGGAGUUUCGUGUUCAUCAUCAUUAUCACAUAUACUCAAUAUCAAGAUGUGUAUCUAUUAGUAAUUGAUGUGGCCUCAAUAUCAGAAGAUUUAGUUGACUAAUCGCUUACACGAAAGAAACGGAAAAAUCGAAGUACUACUUGAGCGCAUAAAAGAACAAAAUGAAACAAUCGUGAGCACAUUAGUGAUAGUUCUUGCACUGUAAAACGUUUCUCAUCAAGCGCCGCCGACAAGAUUAAUAUCUGUGAAGAAUUAUGGAUCAGCAGUAAAUCGUAUCUGCAUCAAUCAUGAAAAAUCUAGGUCGAAUUAUGAUCAAUUUGUAGCAUGUGCAUGUCGUAUCUCUAGUACAACCAGUAAUCCUAUCCGCAUUAUUCCGACAAACUGUCAGAGAAUGAAGGUAAAAAUUGAAAUAAUCAACAAGAAUACCAUAUUACCAUAUUUUAGCUGCUUUCAUAUUCAGUACGGAAGGAUAAAGAAAAGAUAGAACAGAUCUCAACAAACACAAGAGACGCAUAAGUAGAAAAAUACCAAUCAUGAACUUACCUUAAAAGAUGUAAUGAUGUGCCAAGCCUUGGAGAAAUGUUCCUUCCACAUGUUAUUGCCGUAUUUAUUUAGAUGUUCCUUCCACAUGUGCCACGUCUAAUCCGUAUAAAACUUCCUUCAGGCUCACUAUUUAGAUGGCUGACCUCCUAGAGAGUUACUUACUCGGUUAUUUUAGUUUCUCGAGUAUGCAACUGUUGUAACAAAAGCAGAUUUAUGCAAUUCUCCUAAGUGAAUAUACAUCGCUACGGCUGGAGCAAGAGUCAUACAACUGUACACGAACUGACUCAUUUCUGCUAGAUGACUGCUGCUGCAUGUUGAGACAGAUGUAUAUCUAAACAUCAACCCGCGUGUCCAAAUGAUCACCUUGAUAUGCCAAAAUCCCUCCG